GCCUGCCCGAGGGAGGGAGGCGGCGCGGGGCCAGGACCCCGGCAGGCAGAGGCAGCGACGCGGCCACCCGAGAGUGUGCGGCGGGGCAGCUGAGCGGCGGGUGCCCCGCCCUGCUGGCCGGUGGGGAUGCGGGACCGGCUGCCCGACCUCACGGCGUGUAGGGCAAACGACGAUGGGGACACUGCUGUCGUCAUUGUGGAGAAGGACCAUUUCAUGGACAGUUUCUUCCAUCAGGUAGAGGAGAUUCGAAGCAGCAUAGCCAGGAUUGCUCAGCACGUAGAGGACGUGAAGAAGAACCACAGCGUCAUCCUGUCUGCUCCAAACCCAGAAGGAAAAAUAAAAGAAGAGCUGGAGGACCUGAACAAAGAGAUCAAGAAAACCGCUAACAGGAUCCGGGGCAAGCUGAAGUCUAUUGAGCAGAGCUGUGAUCAGGACGAGAAUGGGAACCGAACUUCAGUGGAUCUGCGGAUACGAAGGACCCAGCACUCGGUGCUGUCACGGAAGUUUGUGGACGUCAUGACAGAGUACAAUGAAGCGCAGAUCCUGUUCCGGGAGCGAAGCAAAGGUCGCAUCCAGCGCCAGCUGGAGAUCACUGGAAGGACCACCACUGACGAGGAGCUGGAGGAGAUGCUGGAGAGCGGGAAGCCGUCCAUCUUCAUCUCGGAUAUUAUAUCAGAUUCACAAAUUACUAGGCAAGCCCUCAAUGAGAUCGAGUCCCGCCACAAAGACAUCAUGAAGCUGGAGACCAGCAUCCGAGAGCUGCACGAGAUGUUCAUGGAUAUGGCCAUGUUUGUCGAGACUCAGGGUGAAAUGGUCAACAACAUCGAGAGAAAUGUGGUGAACUCUGUAGAUUACGUGGAACACGCCAAGGAAGAGACGAAGAAAGCCAUCAAAUACCAGAGCAAGGCCAGGCGGAAGGUGAUGUUCGUCCUCAUUUGUGUAGUCACUUUGCUUGUGAUCCUUGGAAUUAUUCUCGCAACAGCAUUGUCAUAGCAACCACACCCCAAGAGCUCUUUGUCCUCGGAGACUCCAACCACACCUGCAGCUUAGUCAGCAUCCUGUCCUUCCAUGAGUGAACCUCAGACCCAGGGCUAGCGCCGAGCACUGAGGUUUUUAUUGGUGAGGAAGAAGAAAACGCCGCAGAGGUUUCGUACCACGAAACGCCGCGAGCCCAGUGGAUGCGACAUGCCAGCCCAGAGAGCCUGGGUCUCUCUGAAGGACACCACAGAGAUUUCACAAUGGUGGCCUUGCCUUGGUAGCUUUGAAAUAGGAAUGAUUGAAAAAGUCUAAUUUUUAAAGACGAUGUCAGUGUUAAAAAUGUAUGUCGUGUGUAAUUAGGGUGUGCUCUGUGCUCUCGGGUGGCAGUGCUGACGGAGACGUACCGGGUCCGAUCUCUGUUCAUGUCGUCUUUGCAGAAUCAUCACAGAACUGUUUGUAAGGCAUCUGUCAUUUUAAAUACCUGUAAGUUACGUUCCUUAAUCUAUUAACAUCUAUACUCCCUUUCUAAGCUAGACACUGCCUUGUGACGGACGAUGGGCCAGCCCCGGGCAGCCAUGUAAGGCUGCAGUUGUCACUGUGAGAACAUGGCCUCACAGCCUCUCAGGGCCCUUCUUCAGUGCCUUCUGGUGACCCUGACUAGGAAGUGUGAGGGUCUGAAGAGCCUUGAAUGUCACUAGCUCACAGAGGGGACAAGCAGUCACAUGCCACACUCACGUUACUCUUCCUUGUUCACUCGAGCUGAUGGAGUCUCAAGGCAAGGCAACGAUGAUGAUGACGACGAUGGAGCCAAGACUUGGUGCUCACUAAACUCAAGGGAAUGGUCCUGGGCACACAGCCACUCCCGGAUGGCACCUGAAGGACCAGGUCCUCAGCCCAACACCCACAAGUGCCCAGAGUUCCUAAGAAAUGAUGACGUGUGGGAUAAAGCUGUGCACUGUUUUACACUUGUGAAUAGAUGGCCCAGCGACCAAGUAUGUGAAGGACACCACGACUAGUGAACUCUGCCGACUGCUGACUGUAUAUAAGUGCCCACUCUACCCCAGCCUCAUUUGGUGGGGUCUGAUGUAGCCAUGCCUGUUCGGAACACCAAGUGUGAGCGAGUGCUACUGAACGAUCUAGAAACCAUGAUCUUUUCAGUGGUGAGUGUGCCACACUGUCACCUCCUCACACCUCCCAGUCUGACACCCUAUGUGCCGAGAGCUGCAGCAGGCUGAGCUAUGUGUCCUGGUCUACAGUUAGCCUGUAGUGGAGCCACUCCUGGCUGAUAGCUCACCCUUCCUGUCUGGGAGCUCACCCUUCCUGUCUGGGAGCUCAUACUUCCUGUCUGGGAGCUCACACUUCCUGCCUGGGAGCUCUGAAGAUGAAGCUGGGCCUUUGUCACUCCCACCCUCUCUGCAUCAGUCAGUGCCAUCGGAUUUAGCUGCAGAGGACAUGUGUACCACCCAGGCUCCCACUACCCGCAGCCAGGUGUCCCUCCAGUCCAGCCUGAGCCCUUGGCCUGCAGUGUGCUCGCCAAGGGCUCAGGAGACCUCUCUACCAGGCAGGUAGCUGAAUCUGGAUUUCCUGUGAAGCAGGGGUGUGUGGGUAAGUGAGUCAGUGCUCCAGAUACGUCUCUCUGCUGACUUCGUAGCCCAUUUCAAAAUAUAUUUACAGAUUCCCUUGUUACUUUUUCCAAGCAUUUCUUCAGGUAUUUUGUGUUUACAUUAAAAAGUUCUC